UCCGACGAUGGGUAGUUUGUGCUCGCCGGAAUGUUUGUUUUUUCGCAUCAACCAAAGAUAAUAAGAGGAGACAAGAUGAGUUUGAUCUGUUUAUAGUGUGCAUGUUGAAGGGGGAGUGUCAUCUACGAUCAUCCACUUCCCUUCAUUCACUUCCGGGAAGUUUACCUGAAAGAUAAGUGAACCAUAAUUCCUUCACCUCAUUAUAACAUAGUUGGUCUGACAGACGUUUACGUGACACCCAGAAUGCAUUGUAUAAUGUCAACAAACAUAGUGCCACACAUAGCAGGCAAAUAGUUUAGCAUUAGCUCAUUAUAAUCAGUACAAACUAAAAAAGCAUUUUACACACAUCAUAGGUGUCCAAUACAAUCUAUGCAAUCAUCGGAAUGCAUUAUUUGUUACCAGUUCUUGUAAAUGUGAAUAAAACUGUAAAUACGUUAUGCUACAUACAUACAUACACUACCGUUCAAAAGUUUGGGGUCACUUCGAAAAGUCCUUGUUUUUUGUCCAUUUAAAAUAACAUCAAAUUGAUCAGCAAUACAGUGUAGACAUUGUUAAUGUUGUAAAUGAAUAUUGUAGCUGGAAACGGCUGAUCUUUAAUGGAAUAUCUACAUAGGCGUACAGAGGCCCAUUAUCAGCAACCAUCACUCCUGUGUUCCAAUGGCACGUUGUGUUAGCUAAUCCAAGUUUAUCAUUUUAAAAGGCCGUAGCAUAACAAAAUGUGGAAAAAGUCAAGGGGUCUGAAUACUUUCCGAAUGCGCUGUACAUCUGGUGUUUCUUUGUCAAACGGUUUGGUUAUAUUUCAGUGUUCUGUAAUGUAUACAAAGUGUAAUAUUUGGAUGCCAACAAAACAUUGAAUAGAUUUCUACUCUAUAUCUGACAUGGUACAGGUGUCUUAUUUUUUUAAGCCCAUAAUCAUGUGUGAGAGGUGUACUUUUGUUUCAACGUAUAUUUGUUUAAGACUAAGAAACACUCUGUGUGACCCUGAUUUAGCCCCCUGCAGUAAAAGUAACCUACUGUCCAUACCAAACACAAUUUAUCAUACUAAUUUGAGUGUCCCGGAUUUACAUUUACUAUGUUACGUCUAUCAUACUAAAUGUAUAUUUUUUGUCAAAUAUAAUAUAUUUUGCUCUGAGACCAGGCUGCAUUGGUAGGUGGGAGUGUUGUAGACCCACUGGUUAGACUCAGCUAGGCAUGCUGCCCACAACCCCCAGCCCCCUAUCCCUGUAACCAUCAGCCCGGCCUUCUCCUUUCCUGUCUCAGGAUGCGACGGACAGCGUGACGUCCCACUAACACAGUGAGACCAAUGAAACAGUCCCUGUCCUAACUUCCUUGCUGACUGUAAUGUGUUUACGGCCUGAGGCGAUUACAAGGAAGCAGCUUGCAGAGUGGAGCGAGUGGGGAAGGCCGGAGGCAGCUAGGCAGGAGGCAGCUGCUGUUUCCUAUACUACUACGCUGCAGCAGGCAGCAUUAGCAGCAACAAUCACAGCCUACCUGGGGUAGAAAGGGAGACGGGCAGGAUGCCAUUGUGGAGAAGUGGCUCCCGGGCCAGGCAGCGAGGCUCAGAAAAAGCCAAUGGACCACCCACGCCCAAGGCCAGGAGCCCCAGUCCCUCCGAGAUGAACGGUAAGCCCUGGGACAGGCCAAGCUACCAGGACCAAGCUGCAGCGGAAGACACACAGGACAAAUGUACAGCGUCCCACCAGGAACCACAACAACAGCACCCUGACAAACUGUGUCUGGACUCCUUCUGGAGUGAGGUGGAGACCAUACGCAGCCAAGAUAGCGGUUACAUUGACCUUGACACUGACAGCGCCAGUCGAGACUCCAGACACUCUGAAGAGGGGGAGCAAGAGGAGCAGUGGCUCCAGGAUGCAGGUCUGUCCACGCUGAUAAGACAGCAGCAGCAGAGACCAGACAGAGACAGAGACCGGGACCAGGACAGGGAAGACCAGGAUGUUGACCAGGCCAUCCUACUGUCCACUCUGACCCGUACGCAGGCCGCAGCCGUCCAGAGGAGGCUCGAUUCCUACACCCUGUCCCUGAGGAAGAGGAACAAGCCCCCGCCGCGCGACGUCAGGGAUGUCUUUCGGUCGUCACCCUCCUCCAUCGCUCAGACGCCUCUACCAGAGUCUCAAGACGCUGAGCCUAUAGAACCUAGCGCAUCUAUAUCAUCUAUACCAGAGGACAGCAUGGAGACUAUCACCAAGACCCUACUACAAGAGGUCAGCUUGGAGAAGCAGCAUGGAGAAGAUCCUAAAGAGGAUACCUUCAUCACAGACGUGGCGUACUGUGAACAGGCGGCCAUCUUGUUGAAACAGGCCAUGCUGCCACAGAUACAGAACAGCGGCCGGAAGAGGAAGGAGGACGGAACACUGCCUAGGAUGACCUGCCCUCAGUGUCGUCUGGGCGUGACUCGUAUCCAGGACCUGUCCAAUCAGGACAUGAAGAAAGUUCGUCAGCUGGCCCUCAUCGAAAUGACAGCGCUCUGCGACCUGCUGGAGCUCGACGUGAAGAGACACAAAACCUACAAGAGGAAGAUACGAGAGAGUGCCCUGUAUGGGGUUCCCCUGGCCACGCUGUUGGAGAAUGAUCAGAAAGUCAGGCCCACGGCCACCACUCCUCUCAUCCUGCAGGCGCUGCUCUCUUUCCUGGAGAAGCGAGGAGUCGACUCAGAAGGCAUUCUGCGGGUUCCAGGCUCUCAGUCCAGAAUCAAGAAGUUGCAGCAGGAUCUGGAGCAGAACUUCUACAGUGGAGGAUUCAGUUGGGAAGAGGUCAGCCCUAACGACGCUGCAGCGUUGGUGAAGAAGUUUAUUCGAGAGCUGCCUUCUCCACUGCUCACCACAGAGCUCCUCAACACAUUCAGCGCCGUCAGGGACGUCCCUGAGCUGAAACAGAAGCUACAUGUUCUGAACCUUCUCAUUCUUCUACUGCCUGAACCUAACAGAAACACACUAAAGGCUCUGUUGGAGUUCCUGAGUAAGGUGGUGUCCAGAGAGAGGAGGAACCGCAUGAACCUGUGGGCCGUGUCCACCAUCAUGGCCCCUAACCUGUUCCUCCACAAAGCCGUGCCCUCCCGCCUCACUGACGGGGGGCCAGGGGUGGAGAAGGGACAGGCCGAGAAGGCUGCUGACAUCAUGAGGCUCCUCAUACGCUACCAGGACUUGCUCUGGACCAUCCCGAACUUCCUGAUGAGCCAGGUGCGAAAACUGAAUGAGAACCGGAACCGGAGGUACCAGUUCUACGACCGACGCAUCAAGAACCUGCUGAGGAAAAUACACCAGGACAGCAAGGACAAACCUGACAAGAACUCAUCAGAGGUAGGCUCAGAGCCGUGUCGUACAGUGAAGAUCCAGGUGGGAGAUCUGAUGAGCAGCACCAUGGAGGUGCAGGUUAACAUCAGCUCUACGGCUUCAGACCUGCUGGCUCAGUUCCACAGGCACCUCUGCAGCUCCGACAACACCAAGAGGAACGGUUCGGUGUCCCACCCGGACUGUGCCAUCUAUGAAGUGGGAGGAAAUAUCGGUGAACACUGCCUAGACCCAGAGACCCAUCUCCUGGACCUGUACAACACCAACCCCAGUGGGGAGUGGGUCAUCAAACUGAAACCACUGGUCACCGCCAGGGGGCUGCACCAAUAAGAGACCGCCGCAGGCAAAGGGAGAGUCUUCAAGAUCUUCAAGAGCCAGCCAGAGGAGGAGGGCGACCAGGAGGAGGAAGCUGCUGCUGCUGUUAAAAAACAAACCACCUCAAGACUGAGCCCUCUCUCCCCCUUUCCUCUGCUCAAUGCAGGGGAGACCAGACUAGGAGGUGCAACGCAGAGAGAGAGACAGAGAGGGAGAGAUACUGCUCAAAAACACUCCACCUCCACACCUUCAGAUGGAAGAGAGGCUGAGGCUGCUUCUUGGCUUGUCAGCUCUCAGCCAAUCACCUCCCAGCACCCGCAGGAACCCAGAUCUGGGUAUCUGAUGCACCGCUGCUUACAACAGUAGCCACAGAGUCUCUCUCACUCCCUCUCUCUCACUCUCUCUCUUUCUUUUUUCUAGCUCUCCAUUCCUUCUUCUCUGACAUUUGAUCACAAAAGGAAUGGGAGUGGAACAUGUACAGUAUAUCUGUUUUCCUUUUUUUUCCUCUUUCACAGGGGGACAGUCAGAGACUCGAAUGAGCUGAUAGCCCUAUGUCCUGUCCCUUGUGUAGGACUUUGGCUCUGUUCUUUCUGGGGCCUUUGGGCCCUGUCCCUGUAGACUCUCAAUAGGAGCCCUAAUCAGAGCAGAGGACAGAGAUCCUUCUUCUCUUUUAAGGGAUCAAAGGUCAGCCUUUAAGACAUUACUACUGAACCUCUAAAGGGAACUGUUGUUUAAUAACAGAGAGUGAAGCUGGACUUCGUUUCUGUUUUCUCAUUUUUGUUUUUGAUGAAUGAAGGAUUUUAAGUAUUGAAUCUGGCGAUGGAUUGAUUGACUAUUUAUAAUUGAUUGGAUGUGUCUAUCUGUAUGUACGUGUAUGUAGUCAUGAAUGUCCUUUGAAAUGAAUAGGUAUGUUUGUUGCUGAAAUAGUUAAUAACAUAAGUCAUGUUAGCUCAUCCAGUCUUUUGGGGGGCUUUUACAGUGUUCUUGCUCUUAUACAGUACCUUUGUUGAUGAGUUGUAUUUUGAUCCACCUCUGCAUCCCUCCUUUUCUAUUUCUAUUACCCAUUUGUCAUCCGUUCCUCUUUAAAAUACAUUUCAUACAGUUCCAGUCAAAAGUUUGAACACACCUACUCAAGUGUUAAACAAAUGAAAAUAUAUUUUAUAUUUGAGAUUCUUCAAAGACUGUUGGAAAAGCAUUCCAGGUGAAGCUGGUUGAGAGAAUGCCAAAAAGUGUGCAAGCUGUCAUCAAGGCAAAGGGUGGCUACUUUGAAGAAUCUCAAAUAUGAAAUAUAUUUGUAUUUGUUUAACACUUUCUUUGGUUACUACAUGAUUCCAUAUGUGUUAUUUCAUAGUUGUGAUGUCUUCGCUAUUAUUCUACAAUGUGGAAAAUAGUAAAAAUAAAGAAAACCCCUUGAAUGAGUAGGUGUGUCCAAACUUUUGACUGGCACUGUAUAUGAAAUAUAUUAAUAGUGUUUACACGUUUUUGAUGACGCUCAGAUGUUAGAAUCAGUAUGCACCACCAUCAGUGGAGGCUGUUGAUGAAAGGACGACUCAUAGUAAUAGCUGGAAUGGAGAUAAUGGAAUGCUAUCAAACAAAUGGAACCUAUGUGUUUGAUGUAUUUGAUACCAUUCCAAUGAUUCCUAUCCAGCCAUUACCACGAGCCUGUCCUAAGGUGCCACCAACCUCCUGUGACCACCAUGUACAUUAUCUUCCACAACAUGACAACCUACCAUGAAUUUACAGUGGGGUCUGAAAUGAUUGAUAAAGAUGAGCAAAAAUGACUGUAUGAAAUAAAUAAUUCAAAAUACUGAGCUAUAUUGUAUACUAAAGAAAUUGGGAAAUGAUAUUAUUUUAUACUAAUAGAAUUGUUCAGAGAACGAGAUUUUGUGUAACAAAUAAUAUUAUGACCAUUUAUUUGUGGAUUUUGAUGUGUGCUUGAGGUUAUUCUCUUGAUGGACGAUCUACUUCCGGCCAAGUUUCUGCCUCCUAACAGAGGCAAUCAAGUUUGGGCUAAAAUGUCCUGGUAUUGGGUGAAGUCCAUGAUUACGUUGACCUUAACAAGGGCCUUAGGACCAGUGGAAGCAAAUAACCCCAUAACAUCAAAGAUCCACCACCAUAUUUUGCAGUAGGUACAGUGCCUUCGGAAAGUAUUCAACCCCCUUGACUUUAUCCACAUUUUGUUGAGUUACAAAGUGGAAUUAAAAUGUAUUUCAUUUAAUAAAUAAAAAAAUGAUCUACACAAAAUACUCAUGUCAAAGUGGAAGAAAAAUUUUAACAUUAUUUUUUAAAUCUAUAAGAAAUAAAACUAAUAUGUCUUCAUUAGAUAAUUAUUCAACCCCCUGAGUUAGAAACACCUUUAGAAGCAAUUACAGAUGUGAGUCUUUUUGGGUAAUUACACAUGUGUAAGAGCUUUGCACACCUGGAUUGUACAACAUUUGCCCAUCAUUCUUUAAAAAAUGAUUCAACCUCUGUCAAGUUGGUUGUUGAUCAUUGCCAGAUAACCAUUUGCAUGUCUAGCCAUAGAUUUUCAAGCAAAUUUAAUUCCAAACUGAAGCACGGCCACUCAGGAACAUUCAAUGUCAACUUGGUAAGCAACCAAACUGUAGAUUUGGCCUUGUCAUUUGUCUCCCAGUGUCUAUUGGAAAGCAGACUGAACCAAGUUCUCCUUUAGGAUUUUACCUGUGCUUAGCUCUAUUCCAUUUUCUUUAAUCCAAAAAAUAAUUAUCUUGUCCAUGCCGAUGACAAGCAUACCCAUAACAUGAUGCAGCCGCCACUAAUGCUUGCAAAUAUGAGUGGUACUCAGUGAUGUGUUGUCUUGGAUUUGACCCAAACAUAAUGCUCAGUAUUCAGGACAAAAUGUUAAUGUCUUUGCCACAUUUUUUGCAGUAUGACUUUAGUGCCUUUUUUCAAACAGGAUGCAUGUUUUGGAAUAUUUUCGUUUUGUACAGGCUUCCUUCUUUUCACUUUGUAAUUUAGGUUAGUAUUGUGGAGUGACUACAAAGUUGUCAAUCCAUCCUAAAUUUUUUCCUUUCACAGCCAUUAAACUCUGUUUUAAAAUGUUGUUUUAAAA